AUGCAGCGCCGAAGCAGCUGUCAAGCUUGUCAAGUAAUACGCCAUGUCAACCAUCCAAAGCUCCGCGGCUUCCCAUUCUCUGCUCCCUUGCCAGCGCACCCAACAAACCAACAACAAAAGCCAAGGGGAAAUAGAAAUCAUCGCUCGUACUCUCAAGUCACUGGCUGCACACUAGCGGGCGAGCGAGAGGCGAGAGGCGAGAGGCGAAUGUAG